AUGCCGGUUGCAAACAUAUCAGACAUUUUGGUUCUAGCACAGCGACUGAUGGAGUCAUACAAAACUCUUGAGAACUGGGAGAAGGGCUUGAAAAUUGCUGAAUAUGCGCUUGAACUGAUCCCUGCCUACGUAACUCGCUACCUGGAUGGACGGCUCGACAAUGCUGUACAGCCACCAAAUCCCAUUUCCGAUGAGCCCACUUCUGGCACAGCGGAACUUACAAGUCGGCUUGAGGCAAGAAAAAUUGUGGACGAUUUCAUGGACAGUUUUGGUGCCCGCCUGAAGCCAGUCAAUACCGGAUUCACGGGAUUUACCAGGAGCGGCCCAAUUCUGGUUAUCAAUGUCAGCUUCCGUUGCGAUGCUUUCAUCAUUAAACACGUCGUGAAGACCAUCCCCCUCCCUAAGCUAUCUGAAGAAGACUUAGAACAGAGACUCCGGGAUGGCAACCUGGGGAGUCUGAACAUUUUGGAGUGGCUCUGGGAUACGAUCGCGGCCCCUAUUCUUGAUCAUCUUGGUUAUUCACAGAUGCCCUCUGACGAAUGGCCGCAAAUACGUUGGAUACCUACAGGAGCAUUAAGCCGUUUCCCACUGCAUGCAGCAGGCUAUCACCAAGAUCAAGCUGGCAGUACCGUCAUAGACAGAGUCAUGUUAUCCUACAGCUCAUCGCCGAACGCUAUUCUAGAAGGAGUGUCGAAGGAUAAACGAACUCCUCUGCGAAGGCGGUUGUAG